GUGGAGGAAUCAUGAAUGAUUACGAGACGCGGCGGCUUGAGAAGAUCAAGCAGAAUCAGAAAUUGCUUGCUGAUCUCGAUAUCAAACCUGUCGUCCCUAAGGUAGCGCGGAAUACUGAUGGCAAACCACCGGCCAAGAAGCGCAAGGUCUUUCAAGAACAGACUGCGCCAGCGAGGAGCUCGGCUCGGAUAGCAGCAGCGCCAUCAAAGCCAAGUUAUAACGAAGACGAGAUAGCACGGCCUAUAGCUUUACCUCGGUCGGCGGUGAAGAAGGGCAAGACCGGUGGUUCAAAUCUAGGCUCAAUAGUCAAAGGCGAGGAUGAGCCUUUGGUGCCAAGCAAGAACAUCGAUGAGAUCCGUGAGGGCUGGACUGCAUGGUCGUCGACGGCUUCUCCUCCAACCAGAGAUGGAGAUCAAGUUUUCCACUUCGAAGACUACCCAGACUUCACGCCGAACAAGUCGCCCGAGGAAAUGCUGAGAGAAGGCUGUUUCGGAGGAUCGUACUAUCGCCCUCUUCGAUCGAGAAAGCUUGGGAUCAUAGUCGAAGACGAUUGGAAAGAAAUUCCGGAGCCCUGGAUUUCGGGCUUGAAUGUGGAACGAUUCUUGACCAGUCCGCAGUAUGAUCCCGAUGUGAACAAGUACAAAGUGCCGUGCGGACAGUCCAUCGAAGAAUGGGAGGCUGCAGGCUGGAUAUCUCAUGAGCACGAUGUGCGAGGCUGGUUCCAAUGGUAUACGAGGUUUUUCCGAGGCCGAAGAUGUGAAGACGACGAUAGGCAGGUGUCCCGAUGGAAGAAGUGCGUUGGCGAAACAGGCAGGUGGAGACGGAUGUUGCUGAAGAAGUAUGGCCAGGCAGGUGUCAGGACUGUGUUCGAUGAUGGAGAAGAUGAGGAGGGUGUUGAAGUUUCACCCGUCAUGCAUCAGACCUGCCACCACUGGGCUUUCGAAGUGCGCCAGCAGCACUUGGACGAAUUCUGGCACGGACGCUGA